UUUCUUUCCCUUUUUUUUUUUUGUCAAACCCAUCAUGCCCAUCCGCAUGCCAGCAUUCAAGAUGCGGAUGCGCGUUCUCGUCGUUUUGGUGAUCCUUUUGGUGUUGAUGGCUAUAUUGGGUUUUGCUCCAAUAUCGCUAGACCACAUUAACGACAAGCUCCUUCAUUCGACAUGCUUUGGCAUCUUCUCAUUCACUAUAUACUGGGUCUGGAACUUGGACUACAAGAAGAAUCUCGGCUUAUCAGCGGUUGCUAUGCUCAUAAUGUCGUUCGGCAGUGAAUUCAUACAAGGCUUAUUACCGUAUCGAACGUUCGACGGGUAUGAUAUUGUAGCCAAUUUGGUGGGCUCAUGUAUCGGUAUUCUGCUAGCUUGUGGAUCCGAUUAUGCAUGGACGUCAUGGCAGGAAAGGAAGCGGCGGAGAGGCGGUCUGCACGAAGCAGAAUAUCAGCGAGCGCUCAUGGAUGAGAACGAUCUCACCGACGACGAGGAUCGUCGUUUUGAUUCUUUGGAAAUGGUCUAGAUAUGCUAUUCCUUGUUUUAUCCUUCGGGCCUUUAUAAAGGGCAAUAGAUGUGCAUGGGAUGCAUGUGCUUGUUUAUAUGAUGUUUCAUUUACUCUGUACAUAGUUUGUAUUUUCUCUAGAAUCAAUGCGCUUUCGCGAGAAGUAAUAAUAAGGAGGGGAAGCUCGAGUUAAAAUAUCACAAAUUUAAGUGACAACCUAGAUUAAAAGGAAUGUAUGUGGAUGGGCUUAAAAGACAAUAUGAGCGGCAACAAUUCGAGCCAGUUCCU